AUGUCGACCACCACCGCAAACGGCACGCACCACACAGCGGACACCUUCCGUCCGCUCCUCAAAGCUCUUUCCCUCGCUGCAUCCGUCGACGCCCAAUCUGGCGAACCCAACCAUCCCUCUGGCACUUCUACCAUCACGCACACCCAGCUCGAGCAGAUUCUGCAGCAUCUCGCAGAUCCCAACUUCACCUCUUCGCGAGAGAACCACGCGCAGAUUGGGUCCGCGUUGACAUGCCUCAAGUUCUGCAGGCUGGACAUUCAGGCGGAAACCUUUGCGUUGGCCGCACGGAUCUUCUUGGAUUGCUGUUUGGAUGUGCAUGUGCCGGCGCUGGACGGGGAGGCGGGGGAGUAUGCCGGUGUGGAAGGUGGGUAUAGGGGGACGUUGGAUCUGGUUGGUACGGGAGGGGAUGGGAAGGACACGUUUAACGUUUCCACCACGGCAGCGAUGGUCGCUGCUGGUGUGAAGGGUGUAAGGGUGUGCAAGCAUGGUGCGAAAGCGUCCUCUUCAACGUCCGGUUCCGCCGAUCUGUUGAUGUCCCUCGGCAUCCCGCUCCUCACGUUGCCAGCGAGCGAACUGCCGGGCGUGUUGAGGAAGAGCAAGUUCUCCUUCCUCUUCGCCCAGCUCUACCAUCCGGCCCUCGCCCCCCUCGGCCCUAUCAGGAGGUCACUCGGCUUCCCAACGAUAUUCAACGUCCUCGGCCCACUCAUCAACCCCGCCAAACCGUCACGAUGCAUCUUGGGCGUACACAGCUACUACCUCGGCCGGAUUUUUGCGGAAGCGCUGCGCAAGAGGGGCACGGAGCGAGCCUGGAUCGUCUGCGGCCAGGAGGGGCUGGAUGAGAUCAGCCCUGCAGGGAGGACGGAUGUGUGGGAGCUCAAGGAUGGGCAGAUUAGCGAGUUCACCGUGGGGCCUGAGGAUUUCGGCUUGGAAAGGCAUCCCCUGGAGCACGUGGGGAGUUGGAGUGCCGAUGAGAAUGCUGCGAUUGUGAUGCGGAUGUUUUCGACCAAGGAUGUUGGGGAGGGGCCUUUGGAGAAGGGUGUACAGCUGGAUCCGAGGGAGUUUGGCGAGUGUGCACCGGAGACCAUGGUGCAUGUUCGCUCACUGCCGUCCAUACCGAAGGGGGUGAGGUUGGGCGCUAUUAAGCAGUAUACGUUGUUGCAAACCGCCGCGUUGCUGUAUGUGGGGAGCUACGCAACGACGCUCAAAGAGGCUACAGCGCUAGCGCGGGAGAGCAUGGAGAGCGGUGCAGCGCUUAGGGCGCUCGAGGUGUUCAGAGACGAGAGCAGCUUGAGUGUCAGCCGGUGGGAGAAGGAGCAGGAACGAAAGGCGCAGGGCAGGGAGAAGGAAAGCAGGAAGAGUGUCGAGGAGACGGUGAGGAAUCAGGAUCAGUACAGUUAUCUGCCCGAGAUUUGGGCGGAUGCUGCGGUGGGAACGGAUGACUAG